AUCGUGUCGCACACAAUGUAAAAGCGUUCAAACGUGGCUUACUCACCAAAGGUAUCCCCUCAAGCUCUAGGCCGUGUAUCCGUUCCCGCUUCAUUCGUGGUCUCUGUGAACAGCAUCAAACCACCUUUGGCACGAGAACUCAGAAUCAACAGUUAGUUCCCAACCUUUCGGGUAGAUUAUCAAGCGAGACAAGAGAGACAGUCAUCAAAUACUCAAAACCAUGGGACUACCAGCUAUGAGGCCACUCCUGUUGGCGGGCGGCAAGUCGACUCGGAUGGGCACACCCAAACACCUCCUCCGGAUGCCCGACGGAACACCCCUGUACCGGCGGCAGCUGCAACUACUACGCACCAUCUUCCCGGAGCCGCAGACGAUCUUCAUCUCGCUGGCGCAGGAGUCCGAGACAGAUGAGUUCCUCGACGAAUUGCUGGCGCAGGCGACCACUCCCGCCGACCAGUCCCCCGAAAGUGAAGGCUGUAAAACACCAUCAAGACCCAGGAUACAGAUUCUACGCGACUACCACCCCGCAAAUGCAGAUGCAAAGUACUCUGCUGCCGGCAGCCCUGCUGCAGGACUCCUUGCAGCAUACCGCUACGACGCGUGGGCGUACUGGGCCGUGUUGGCGUGCGACUAUCCCCUGAUCCCGGCAGAAGCCUUCUUCCACCUGUUCGUCAAGCGCGACGCCGUGCCCGUGACGUGUUUCCGCACCGCGGAGGGGGUAUGCGAGCCGCUGCUGGCGAUAUGGGCGCCGCCUGCGCUGUCGCGUUUGGCGGAGCGGGUUGCGCGGGGGCAUCCGCGGCCCGAGGAGACGGCGAGGGAGCUUGAUGGGUUGAUGGUUGAUGCGCCGGCUGGGUGUGAGUGGUGGUUGACGAAUGUGAAUACGAUGGAGGAGUGGGUUAAGGCUGUGGAGGAGAUGAAGUUGGGGCCGCCGGGGAGGGGAGACAUUAUGCUGGAGGGUGUUGUUUGAUGGACAUGUUGUGUAGUAAGUCAAAAGUCACCACUCUUGCAAAGCUCAUACCGAUGUGACAUGAUGCUUUGUCGGCACAAUCCAUGAAAUUUGCAAGAAUUCUUUCCAAGGCAUGUACGUCUCAUCCGCCAUUCGGUGGACGGAGAAGGAAACCGCAAGG